CUACGGGGGUCUUGAAAGGUCUCGUCAAAGAUGCUGAGCGGGAGUCCAUCUCAGCUUAUGCUAGCAGAUUGAACUCUCAAAUCCAUACCGGAAUUGAAGGCAAUGCAGCAGCAGUUGGUCUUCACUUCGACAGGCACAAUUUACACAUUUACUAGAUGAUUACAGGCACCGAAGAAGGCUAAGAAGAAGACAGCUGAAGCUAGCUCUAAUGUGUUCAGCAUGUUUGAGCAGGCACAGAUCCAGGAGUUCAAGGAGGCCUUCACGAUCAUGGACCAGAACAGAGAUGGCUUCAUAGACAAGGGUGACCUGAGAGACACGUAUGCUGCUCUGGGCCGCCUCAACGUCGGCAACGAUGAGUUGGACGAGAUGAUGAAGGAGGCCCCAGGUCCCAUCAACUUCACCAUCUUCCUGGCUAUGUUCGGCGAGAAGCUGAAAGGCACCGACCCGGAGGAAACCAUUCUUAACGCCUUCAAGAUCUUCGACGUGGAGGGAACGGGUGUCCUAAAAGGAGACGAAAUUAAAUACUACCUCAUGUCCCAGGCAGACAAGUUCACCGAGGAUGAGGUCAACCAAAUGUUUGUUAACUUCCCCCUGGAUGUUGCUGGCAACCUGGAUUACAAAAACCUGUGUUAUGUUAUCACCCAUGGAGAGGAGAAGGAACCGGAAUGAAGGAGCCAAUCACAACCCUCAAAUCCCCCAUCAGCCAUCUGGGACUGUCCAUCAUACCUUGUCAUCCCACACGUCACAUAUCCCCUCCCUCUACUCUCAGCCCUCGAAAUAAAAAUAAUAAAAUAAAAACUACAAAAAUCACACAAAUCAAGUGUUGUGCAAUGCUACGA